UCAAUGAAUAAAAUGGAAGAAGUCAGAAUUUUUCAGGAUGAGUUCUUGUGUUCAGUGUGUCAGGAUCUCCUGAAGGAUCCAGUGACCAUUCCGUGUGGACACAGUUACUGUAAGAGCUGUAUUACAGGCUACUGGGAUCAGCAGGAUCCGAUGAGAGUCUACAGCUGCCCUCGGUGCAGACAGACCUUCAGUCCAAGACCUGAUUUAGCUGCAAACAGCAUGCUGACUGAAGUGGUGGAGAAACUAAAUAAGACCAAACGUCCUGCUGACUGUGAUGCUGGAGCUGGAGAUGUGCAGUGUGACGUCUGUACUGGAAGAAAAUACAAAGCUAUCAAGUCCUGUCUGGUGUGUCUGAACUCUUACUGUCAGAAUCACCUUGAAAAACAUGAGAGUUGGUUUAAAGGAAAGAGACACAAUUUGACUGAUGCCACUGGACGACUGCAGGAGAUGAUCUGCCAGAAACAUGAGAAGAUCCUUGAGGUUUUCUGUUGCACUGACCAGAAGUGUAUAUGUGUGCUGUGUAUGGAUGAACAUAAAAACCACAACAUUGUAUCAGCUGCAGAACACAGGACAGAGAAACAGCGCCAGCUGAAGGAGAUGCAGAAGAUGUUUCAGCAGAGAAUCCAGCAGAGAGAGAAAGAUCUUCAGCAGCUGAGAGAAUCUGUAGAAUCUCAUAAGCGCCCUGCACAGGUAGCACUGGAGAACAGUGAGAGGAUCCUUACUGAGCUCAUCCGCUCAUCCAUUGAGAGAAACCACACUGAGCUGAUACGGCUGAUCAGAGAUCAGGAAAAGGCUGCAGUGAGUCAAGCUGAAGGACGACUGGAGCGACUGGAGCAGGAGAUCAAUGAUCUGAGGAGAAGAGAUGCUGACCUGGAGCAGCUUUCACACACACAGGAUCACAUCCAGUUCCUGCAGAGUUUCCAGUCUCUCUCAGCACCUCCUGAAACUACAGAUGUAAAGGAUGACCCCUUCAUUUCUGUCUUCUCAUCUUAUGGCCUGAGAGAAUCUGUCCAUCAGCUGAGAGACAAACUGGAGGAUUUAUGCAAAGAGGAGCUCAAGAAGAUCUCAGACAGAGUCAUAUCCACCAAUGUUGUUCCCUGGACCAGGAACAAAUUCCUAAAAUAUUCCCAUCAGCUCACUGUAGAUCCAAACACAACACAUAAAUACCUACGUCUGUCUGAAGGCAACAGAACGAUUACUACCGCUGGUACAGUCCAGUCAUAUCCUGAUCAUCCAGACAGAUUUGAUGUGUAUCAUCAGGUGUUGUGUAAAGAGAGUGUGUGUGGACGCUGUUACUGGGAGCUGCAGUGGAGUAAAAAUCACAGUGUACAUAUAUCAGUGUCAUAUAAGAGCAUCAACAGGAAGGGACGGGGUAAAGAGUGUAGGUUUGGAUAUAAUGAUGAGUCCUGGAGUUUGUUUUGCUCUUCCUCUGGAUACUCAUUCAUACACAAUAACAUACAGACUGAUCUGCCUGUAAAGUCCAUCAGCAGGAGAAUAGGAGUGUAUGUGGAUCACAGUGCAGGAACUCUGUCCUUCUACGGCGUCUCUGACACAAUGAGCCUCAUCCACACAGUCCAGACCACAUUCACUCAGCUGCUCUAUCCUGGGUUUAAUCUUCUUAAAGGAUCAUCAGUGAAAUUCAUCAGUGUUGAAGGAUCAGAAUAGACUGAAGAGAGUUUCCACCCAUAAUGCUUUGAGCUGCAUGAUGAAUCAGUAUCAGUGAGAUGUUACAGAGUCUCUUCUUUUCUCUUUAUGACAUUAAUACUGCCGCUGAACUUCUGUUAGUGAAAUAAAUGUGUGUAAUAAAUCCUCAUAGAGACAUUAAGAUCAGUGUGUGUGUCCUGCUGAAUGACCAUGUGUUUCUGUGCUUUUCUCAACCUCUGUU